GAGGAGGCAAGGGGGCUGCUUCACGCUGGGCCACCGUGGGAGAGUCUCACGCGAGGGCAGCUUCCAGCAAGCGCAAGACUAAAGCGGAAGCCCUGGAGUACGUGUGGAGCAUCUUGCAGGGCGUGGAGGAGGAGGAGCAGCAGGAGGAGGAGUUCAGGGGAUUUGAGCUGAGGGAGGUGCACAAGGCCAGGAUGGCGAUGUUCAGGCUGGAGCGCAGAGCCACCGCCUGCAAAGGCCCUGAGGGCUCCUCCGUGCCGCCGGCCUCCGCCCAGGCUGUGGCGGUGUCGCGCAGCGCUCGCUCUCGCUACGGCCUGCGCCCGCGCGAGAGGAAAGUCUACACAGAGGUGGAGGAGCCCCAGGACGACGACUUCUUCUUUCAUUGCAGACGCGGCCGUGGCCCCGGAGUGGCCAACAGGGCCCGGCUCAGCCUGCCCCAGGGCCUCACCGUCGGCGCCUCCUCCAUCGCCGGCGCCGGCCUCGGGGUGUGGAGCAACAGGAAGAAGCUGCCCAAGGGGGUGAUUUUUGGGCCCUACCAGGGAGAGGUGUCUGAGGAGAACCCCGUGAGCGAGUACUGCUGGCUGAUUUACAAAAACAAAAAGGAUCGUGAAUAUGUUGAUGCUCAGGAUGAAUCUAAAUCAAACUGGAUGAGGUUCGUCAACUGCGCGAGGAAUGAGCAGGAGCAGAACCUGGUGGCCUUCCAGCACCGGGGGCAGAUUUACUACCGCACAUUCCGUGCCGUGGGGCCCGGCUCUGAGCUGCUGGUCUGGUACGGCGAGGAGUUCGCCCAGGAGCUGGGCAUCGCCUGCGAGGCCGGGCCCUCGCGACGCCGCAGCAGCAGCAGCAGCGAGAUGGCUCCUAGGGCCACCGCCAGAGACCUGCAGCCCGUGCAGCCUCCACCAAGCGAGGAACACCGUGAGCACUGCUCACCAGAGACUCACCACUGCUCACCAGACUAUAGCCACCACUCACCAGAGAUGAUAGCCACCACUCACGAGAGACGAUAGCCACCACUCACCAGAGAUGAUAGCCACCACUCACCAGAGAUGAUAGCCACCACGCACCAGAAAUGAUAGCCACCACUCACCAGAGAUGGCAGCCACCACUUACGAGAGACGAUAGCCACUACUCACCAGAGACGAUAGCCACCACUCAGUAGAGAUGAUAGCUACCAUUCACCAGAGAUGAUAGCGACAUCUCACCAGAGAUGUGGAUGUAGCUACCACUCACCAGAGAUGAUAGCCACCACUCACUAGAGAUGAUAGCCACCACUCACCAGAGAUGAUAGCCACAUCUCACCAGAGUUGGUAGCCACCACUCACCAGAGAUGACAGCCACCACUCACCAGAGAUGAUAGGCACCAGCCACACUGAUAAGGUGGAAGUGAGUAACUGGUGUGGUGUGUAGUAGUAAACAUCGC